AUGGAAAACAGUGACGAUUGGGUUACCUGCUUUUUGUGUGACACUGCGAGAAUUAAUCUUCAAAAUGAUGGCUAUCAUGAAUUUCAGUCUCACAAGAUCUGCAACUCCUGCAUGAUAUCGUUACAAGAAAGCGGAAGCAUCAAAGGCCAAGCAAAUUUAAGCCCGUCUGACUGUACGAUCCCUCAAGACCCUGAAAUCAUUGAUAAGUCAUUUCCAUAAAUAAAAUGGCUUCCGCUAAUUUUCUCUCUCAAGCAAUUUUAUUUAUGGGGUUGGGCUUUACCUCGAGAACUUCUGCACAGCAACAGCGGUUUAACUUUGGGGAUAACCAAAGGAACUGCUCCUCAGUGCGAUCAAGAGGCCUAGGUCUUUGCCCCUCAACACACCUGAAGGAGGUGGACUCUUAGGCGGAACACGUGCAGGAGCUGAUUCGGAAUAAAGCCUUGGCGGCAGCGAAGCCCGUCGAAGCCGAACGGCGUAUUUACCCGUGCCUUGGCGAAUCGAAGUGGGUCGAUCCAGAGGUCAUGGCCCGACACGUGGAUAAAUAUGGUGGCAGCUCUAGAAACGGCUACCCCGUAGUGGACGUAAAACGUUAUAAAUAAUUAAGAUUAAGAUAAGUCAUUUCCAGUUUGCAAUAACCACAGCAUAAAGUGUAAACUAUUUUGUUCUAAAUGCAUUGAAGCUAUUUGUAUUAGCUGUUUAAAGCAGCAUAAGUUUCAUCUAAUUGAAAGCUCGGCAGAACUUGCCAGAACCUUUCUAAAAGCACUCCACCAGUUGGAAUUUUGUGCUUAUUACUGCGAAGUAAACUCGACUGAUGAAGAGUCCAACAAUGCAGCCCAAGCCUUAAAACAAGAAGUUAUCCAGACCUAUAACAGAGUAAAAGACCAAGCUGCAAACUCCAUUGCAAAAGAGCUGUCAAUUUCUUGCCAAAAAUAUGACGAAACUUUAGAAGGGUUAAAUUCAGACUUUUUAGGCUUAUCAUUGGAUGAAAAAUAUAAGCUUGUAAGAGAAGGAAGACAAGUGUAUACGAAUACAAACCUGUUGCAUUGGAUAGAGUGAAAUGAUAGGACUGUGCAUAUGCUAGACUUAGCUACUAUGACGAGAUCUACACAUAUGUUUGCUGAUGAUUUUAUCGCACCUUAUUAUGUGAGGUCUGCUAUGGUGGCCCCAACUAAUAAGUAAAUAUGGCGUUUCAGCGCUUCGCCGACUACCUUCGAGCACAUAUUUAAUUAUAUCUAGCAAGGUUUUGCCAUCCACGAGAUGACUAAUAUGCUAGGUAAGCAAUUCUGGUUGUAUUUAGAGCUUAGUCCAAGUCUAAUUUCAGGGAUGGUUUUCUCCUCUAGGGAAGGAAGGCAUAGAAGUUGGAAAGGAGAAGCCCAGCAGAGUCCUCUGGACCAUUAGGGCAACUCGCUAUCGUAAAACUGGUCGUUACAUCCCAGGCUGCGUGCUUUUUCUUUUGCCGAUAGUUGGCCAGAAAUCUAUUUUUUGAUUUUCCGUGCAGGCAACCAUUCGCAGCAGCCUGAGGCAAGGUCUCCGGAACCAUUCAAAACUACAGCUAUCUCGAAGUAGCGAGGAGGUGACGAUCAGGCAACCCGACGAUCAGAAGUAGAUGUUACCGCAAAGCGGAUGAAUCCCCAUGUGAGAUCCUUGGUAACCGAGUUAACAAAGCGGACUUAUACCCUCUUAAUAAGUAAGUAAGUCCCCAACUAAAAUUUUCAUGUGUGGAGGAAGAUUUGAUGUAACAUCGCUUGGAUUGAGAUCAGCCUGGCUUGUGCAUAUUGAUCAAAACUAUAAAGUGGAGCAGCUUUGUGAUAUGUUUAUAGGAAGAUCAAAUCAUUGGGUACUCUACCAUAAUGAUUUUGUAUAUGUGAUUGCCGGGUGUGACUCAAAUAACGAAUUCACUAAUAAAUGUGAAAGAAUGAACCUCAGGACAAGACAGUGGGAAAUGAUAGCAAGCACUAAUGAAAUUCGAGAUACAAGCACAGCAAUUGUAAAAGACGAAAAUAUCUAUAUUUUCGGAGGGAGAUCAGAAAGCACAAAACUAGCUAAAACUAUUGAAAAAUAUAUAGUUGAAAAAAAUUCAUGGAUUGUUUUGAACUUUAUCAUGCCAUUUGAAACAAGUGUACAAGGCGCUGUCUUGCUCCCAGGAGAAAGCAGAGAAAUUUUAAUCUUUGCAGGACAAGAUUCAGGUGGAAAACCUCUUAAUAGAGUUGCAAAAGUUAAUUUGGAGACUGAGAGUGCAUAUGAGAUGAAUCCAAUGCCAUCGAAAGGAGGAUGUGUAGUCAACGAAGUCUUGGUGUUUGGAAACAAGGUUUAUUCUUAUAUAUUUAAAGGCUAUAACGCAAGAACAUUAGAAACUUGGGACCUCACCACAGAAGAGUGGAAAACUGAAGCUCAAAGCUAA